GGUCAUAGCUCCCAUACAAGGUCCUUUUACGAAAAUCUCUUAAACGCACAUUACUCAUUACCAAAUAAAGCUAUUGAUACAAAAUUUGGCACAAAUAUUAGUUUGGUACAGUGCACUCGCGGUAACGUGAACACCGUCUAACGUGAACACCGCCUAACGUGAACAGAUGUUUUUUACAUUGACUACUCUGUAACGUGAACAAACACAGAAAGCUCUAUAACGUGAACAAUUUUUUCACAGUAUAUGUUUUCUAAGCAUGUACACAACAUUGAAAUACAUUCAUUAAAUUCGAAUUUUAAAAUUUUGGGAAUCCCCUUAUAUAAAUGAGUGUAUAUCCCCUAAAUUAUUUUGUUUGUAUGGCAAAGAAAUUUGAAGUUAGUUUCUUAUGUGAAGUGAAUCAGUCGGCAUGAGUGUAAAAAAAUCUAAAUGUUUGCAGUUAAAAGAAAAGGCAGACAUUUUAGAUAGUUUGCAAAAAGGAACAAGUGUGACUAGUUUAGCAAAAAAGUAUAAUGUCGCUAAGUCGACAAUAUGCAGUAUUAAAAAGAAAAACGAAGCAAUUUUGAGUUGUGUAAACAACACAUAUCAAGGACCGGGAAAAAGACAAACUUUAAAAUCAUCAGAACUUCCAGUUAUGGAAAAAACUCUUUACCGUUGGUUCCUCCGAAUGCGUGAUAGGAAUUGGCCUGUAAGUGGUCUAAUGUUAAAAGAAAAAGCUAAGGAAUUACAUUCCCAACUUAAAGAAAAUGAGUCCGGGUUCAAUGCUAGUGACGGAUGGCUUCAGCGAUUUAAGAAAAGGUAUGGAGUUAGACUUCUUAAAGUAUCCGGAGAAAAACUCUCAUCGCAGCCUGAAUUGGUGGAUCCAUUUAAGCUAAAAUUGAAACAAAAAAUUGAAGAAAUGGAGUUAUGCAAUGACCAACUCAAUAAUGCUGAUGAGUCUGGUUUAUUCUGGAAACUUUUACCAGAUAAAACGUACGUUGCAAUGCAAGAGAAAAGUGCUCCUGGUACAAAGAUGGAGAAGCAACGUGUAACGUUCCUGUGUUGCGCAAAUGCAUCAGGUGCACAUAGACUUAAACUUUUGAUAAUUGGUAAGGCCAAAAAUCCACGCAGUUUUAAAAACUUCGUUUGUCCUACGGAUUAUAAGAAUUCGAAAUCGGCCUGGAUGACGUCAGCCAUUUUUAAGCAUUGGUUCCAUCAAUCCUUUGUACCACAGGUGAAAUUGUUUCUAAAGAAGAAGAACUUGCCAAUGAAGGCACUAUUACUUAUCGAUAAUGCUCCCUCUCAUCCAAGCGAAGCAGAAUUAAAAACUGAAGAUGGAAACAUAAUUGCCAUGUUUAUGCCACCAAAUGUCACCCCCAUAAUCCAACCAAUGGAUCAAAAUGCUAUUAAAAUAACAAAAUUAUACUACAGAAACAGCUUGUUAGCUUCGAUAGCAGCUAAAAACUCUGAUUUGCUUCAAUCAAUGAGAAAUGUAACUUUGAAAGAUGCUGUCACUCUUUUAUCUGUCGCAUGGGAUCGGGUCAGCACAGAAACUCUUGCCAAAUGCUGGAAAAAUAUUUUAAGUUUGGUUGGAAACGAGGAGGACCCUGAAGAUAACAUUCCACUAAGUAUUCUAAAAGAGAAAUGGGAUGCAGAAAUUAAUUCUUUAAUGCAAAUGUCAGCCGAUCUCCUUCAGGACUUAAGUCCUCAGGUUGAGUUUACCCUGCCAAUGGUUCAGGAGUGGAAUAAUGAUACCUGUGUUAAUGAUACCACUGAAAUCCAUGAAAUUGUGCAAAACGAAGAAAGUGAUGACGAUGAUUGCACUGAUCCUGUUAAAAAAGUUGCCGCAAGUGAGGCAAUUGAAAUCUUUAACAAGGCAUUACAAUGGGCAGGAGAUGCAACGGUGGAUCAAAGUGACAUGAGUGUACUUAGACGCUUAAGGGAGAAAGCAAUAUUUCAGCUAUUAGAGAAGAAAAAGCAGCAGAAAAAGAUAACGGAUUUCUUUAAUGCAUAAAUGUAAUGAGUAAUUUUAUUACUAUGUAAUUUUAUUUCAAUUGAUAUUUUCUCGUUAUCUCGUUUUGUUUUGUAAUGGAUUUUAAUAAAAUUUUAGUUUUAUAUUGUAAUAAUAUAAAUAAUAAUAAAAGAAUAUCACGCUCAAGCGUGUAAAAUACAGAUUUAUAAAUUAAAAUUUGAUAUUUUUUCAUGAAAUUUGACAAUCGCUAACGUGAACAAUUUCGC